ACAUCAGACGUGUUUAAAGCGUAUGCGCACAUUUCUUCAGGGAUAUGACAUCAUCUCAUCACACGCAGCCUGCAGGAGGGGAUCUGUACCGCACCAGGAGCCCAGACCGAAAGGAUGAAGAGGCCUCAGUGUAGGAGCCGAUGAAAAGUUUCUCCAACCCAGGAUCCUCUGCUGAUAUCUUCUAUAUAAGAGAAUUCUCCUGGAUGACCCAUCAACCAUGGAGAGAGACAGGAACAAGAUGGCCGACAGGAUCAUAAACCUCACCCUACAGAUACUCUUCCGGCUUACUGGAGAGGAUUACACAGUAAUGAAGAAGUCCUCUAGUGGGCGCUGUCGGGCCCCUGUGUGUGAAGGAUGGGGAAGAACCCUGAGCCCAAUCCCGGGGCCCCCACCUCACUCCCUGAUACAUGAGGAAAUGGAUGAACAGAAGAUCCUAGAACUGAUCAACAAGAUGAUGGAGCUGCUGACUGGAGAGGUUCCUAUAAGGUGUCAGGACGUGGCGGUCUAUUUCUCCAUGGAGGAGUGGGAGUAUGUAGAAGGACACAAGGAUCAGUACAAGGAUCAGGUGAUGAUGGAGGAUCAGCAGCCCCUCACAUCAGCAGUCAGAUCCAGUAAGAGAACAGCAGCAGAGAGGUGUCCCCGUCCUCUUCUUCCGCAGGAUGAUCAGGGAGAAGAUCUGAGAAAUAUUAAUGCUCCAGAGACGGAGGUGAACGGUGAUGAGCAGUAUAAGGAGGACAUUCAUACAGAGAAAUAUCUGAUCUACAUUAAUUCUACAGACAUAAAGGAAGAAGAGACAGAUGUGAGCGGUGUUAAGCAGUAUAAGGAGGACAUUCAUACAGGGAAAGAUCUGAUCUAUAUUAAUUCUACAGACAUAAAGGAAGAAGAGACAGAUGUGAGCGGUGAGGAUCAGUAUAAGGAGGACAUUCCUACAGGUAACCGCCCAGAUGACUGUACCAGGAGAUCAGAGGAGAAUCUUAUAUCUUCAGAUUAUAAAGCAGAAGAUGAUAUCACACAAGAUACAUAUGAAGAACAUUCCAUUAUCCCAGAUACACCCUCAGCCCUUCACAGCCAAGAUCUCUCAUCUCAUCCGGUUAUACAAGUCCUGUCUUCUGAUCCAUUACCAUUUGCUAAGCAAAACAAAAAGAAGCCCUUUUUAUGCCUAGAAUGUGGGAAAUGUUUUAUCCGGAAAUCAUAUGUCCUCGAACAUCUAGCAACUCACACAGGAUGGAAGCCGUUUUCAUGCAAAGAAUGUGGAAAAACUUUCACUCGGCAAUCAAACCUUGUUGAACAUCAGAGAAUUCACACAGGGGAGAAGCCAUUUCUUUGUUCAGAAUGUGGAAGAUGUUUUACUCUGAAAUCACUUCUCGUUAAACACCAAAAAAAUCACACAGGACUGAAGCCAUUUUUAUGUUCAGAAUGCGGAAAAAGUUUCACCCAGAAAUCAGAUCUUGCUAAACAUCAGAGAAUUCACACAGGGGAAAAGCCGUUUUUGUGUGAAGAAUGCGGGAGACGUUUUACUCAGAAAGUAAACUUAGCGAAUCAUCGAAAAAUCCACACAGGGGAGAAGCCAUUCUCAUGUGAAGAAUGUGGGAAAUGUUUUGCACGGAAGACAAAACUGACCGAGCAUCAAAUAAAUCACACAGGGGAGAAGCCAUUUUCGUGCACAGAAUGCAGGAAAGGUUUCAUCCAGAAAUCGGAUCUUAUUAAACAUCAGAGAAUUCACACGGGAGAGAAGCCAUUUUUAUGUAAAGAAUGUGGGAAAUGCUUUACCAGGAAAGAAAUACUUAAUAGGCAUCUAAAAAUUCACAUGGGGGGAGGAGAACCCAAUUUAGAGCUGGCGGGGGUGGAGAGAAGACAGCAACAGCCUUUCCGGCCGGGGGGAGAAGAUCUGUCAGAGUCUGCAGUAACGCAGGCUCUGCUCCCCCUGGCAACGGGUGCCAGACAGAGAUCUGGCGGUGGAAGGAAGGCAAGGAGGAAAAGCUUGGAGUUGUGGGCUGAAAGAGGACACAAGGAAUCAAGUGAGACAUACUGCUCCCGCAUGACCGCGCGGUUUGCGGAGUAUGAGCAGUGUGGUAAAGAGCUCAGGCUGGCCAGAGAGGACCUGCGUGGGGCACAGAAUCUCGCAAACACGUGUUCCAAAAAGAACCGGCCUGACCUGAAGAGAAGAGUCAUGGCACUGAAAAGUGAAAUUGUGAAGUUGGAGGAAAGGAGGGCAGAGAUCCUGGAUGGGAGCGGUCUCUUCAGAGAGAAAUUGGAGAAUGAAGGCCGCUCAGGCCCAACUUAUGCCCAAGCUUUGCAUGUCUGGGUGAACGAGAUGGUCCAGCUUUUGCAAAAGGUUCCUAUAAGGUGUCAGGACGUGGCGGUCUAUUUCUCCAUGGAGGAGUGGGAGUAUGUAGAAGGACACAAGGAUCAGUACAAGGAUCAGGUGAUGAUGGAGGAUCAGCAGCCCCUCACAUCAGCAGUCAGAUCCAGUAAGAGAACAGCACCAGAGAGGUGUCCCCGUCCUCUUCUUCCACAGGAUCAGGGAGAAGAUCUGAACUGUUUUAAUGCUACAGACAUAAAGGAAGAAAAAGAGACACAUGUGAGCGGUGAUGAGCAGUAUAAGGAAGACAUUCCUACAGGGAACGAUCUGAUCAAUAUUAAUGCUAUAGACAUAAAGGAAGAAGAAGAGACAGAUGUGAGCGGUGAUGAGCAGUACAAGGAGGACAUUCCUAUAGGGAUAGAUUUGAUCUAUAUUAAUGCUAUUGACAUAAAGGAAGAGGAAGAGACAGAUGUGAGCGGUGAUGAGCAGUAUAAGGAGGAUAUUCCUACAGGUAACUUCCCAGAUGACUGUACCGGGAGAUCAGAGGAGAAUCUUAUAUCUUCAUAUUAUAAAGCAGAUGAUGAUAUCACACAAGAUACAUAUGAAGAACAUUCCAUUAUCCCAGAUACACCCUCAGCCCUUCACAGCCAAGAUCUGUCAUCUCAUCCUGUUAUACAAGUCCUGUCCACUGAUCCAUCACAGGCUGGUAAACAAAAUAAAUGUAACAGAGGAAGUAUUGAGCAUCAAAAAGUUCUCAUAGGGGAGAAUCCAUUUACAUGUUCAGAAUGUGGGAAAUGUAUUACUCUGGAAUCACAUAAUGUUACACAUCAGAAAAUUCACACAGGAGAGAAGCUAUUGCAAUGCCUAGAAUGUGGGAAAUGUUUUUCACGUAAAGCACAUCUUCUCCGACAUCAAAAAACUCACACAGGCGAGAAACCAUAUUCAUGCUCAGAAUGUGGGAAAUGUUUUACUCAGAAAUCGUCACUUGUUAUGCAUCAAAGAAUUCACACCAGGAAGAAGCCAUUUUCAUGUUCAGAAUGUAAACAUUGUUUUACCAAGAAGUCAAGUCUUGUUGAACAUCAAAAGAUUCACACAGGGGAGAAGCCAUUUUCAUGUUCAGAAUGUGGAAAAUGUUUCUCUCGGAAAACACAUGUUGUUGAACAUCUAAGAACUCACACAGGAGAGAAGCCCUUUCCAUGUUCAGAAUGUGGGAAAUGUUUUACUCAGAAAUCAAAUUAUGUUGAACAUCAAAAAACUCACAAUGGUGAGAAGCCAUUUUCAUGUUCUGAAUGUGGAAAAUGUUUUACUCAGAAGUCAUAUCUUGUUAAGCAUCAAAGAAAUCACACAGGGGAUAAGCCAUUUUCAUGUUCAGAAUGUGGAAAAUGUUUUACCAAAAAGUCGAGACUUAUGGAACAUCAAAAUACUCACACAGGGGAGAAGCCAUUUUCAUGUUCAGAAUGUGGGAAAUGUUUUACUAGGAAAUCAUAUCUUGUUCAACAUCAAAUAACUCACACAGGGGAGAAGCCAUUUUCAUGUUCAGAAUGUGGGAAAUGUUUUACCCGAAAAUCACUAGUUGUGGAACAUUUAAGAACUCACACAGGAGAGAAGCCAUUUUCAUGUUCAGAAUGCGGUAAAUGUUUUACUCAGAAAUCAAAUUUCGUUGAACAUCUAAGAAGUCACACAGGGGAGAAGCCAUUUUCAUGUUCAGAAUGUGGAAAAUGUUUUACUCAGAAAUCAAAUUUUAUUAAACAUCUAAGAACUCACACAGGAGAGAAGCCCUUUUCAUGUACGGAAUGUGGGAAAUGUUUUACUCGGAAAUCAGUUCUUUUUGAACAUCUAAGAACUCACACAGGAGAGAAGCCAUUUUCAUGCUCAGAAUGUGGGAAAUGUUUUACUCACAAGUCAAAUUUUGUUGAACAUCAAAAAACUCACACAGGGUAGAAGCCAUUUUCAUGUUCAGAAUGUGGGAAAUGUUUUAAUGACAAAUUAACACUUAUUCAACAUCUCAGAACCCAUACUGGAGAGAAGCCAUUUUAUGCACAGAAUGUGGAUAAUGUUAUACCCAGAAAUUAAAACUUAUUGGACAUCAAAAAGUUAACAUGGGAGGAGCCAAUAUGGAGCACUAAAUAAUGUUUGAAAAAUAUCUGCAAAUACCAUAAAUCUCUGUUAUCCAAAAAGCAAAUCGGUUCCAGAUAACAUGCCUACGCGUUAACAUUGUACAUAGAAUAUUUGGUGUGUGUAUAGUUUGGAAAAUAAAUCCUACUGCAGUUGAA